AUGUCCGGAACGCCAGUCCCAAACCCCAAUCCGUACGUCGACCAAGACUGUGCAGCCUUCGAAGAACAAGCAGCCACACUCGCAGAUGGUGCCUCCCUGGCCUCGGUCUCAGCAAGUCAAUUCCGCCAGCUUCUCAAAGAGUUCCAGACUCCGGCGCCAAAGCACUCCGGCAUUACUACAGCGCACUUUGAGGUCAAGACGUCCGCCUUUGGCAAUGUCAAGACCUUCUUGGUCAAGCCUAGUCAUUCGGAACAGGAUCUGCCAGUGAUCUUCUACGUCCAUGGUGGCGGAUGGAUCAGCGGUGAUUUCUUCGACUGGGAGAGCUUGGUCUUUGAUUUGGUUGAGAGGACCGGAUUCGCACUUGUGUUUCCUCAUUACACACUAGCUCCCGAAGCAAGAUUUCCAACUCAGCAAGAGCAGUGUCUCGAAGUCCUUCAAUACAUCGUCAAGCACGGCCGCACUAAAGGCCUGAUGCCGAACAAGAUUGUCAUAGCCGGCGACAGUGCAGGAGGACAGAUUGUUCCCGCCAUCAACAUCCUCAACCAGCAACGCGAUCUGGACUUGCCCAUUAGCCAUCAGAUCUUGAUGUUCCCUGCCAUCGACAGCUCCACGGUGGUAACCCGCUUCUCGGAAUUCCUGUUCCAAGAUGGUCCACUAAUCAAUGAGGCUUUCCUCAUUGAGUCUCUGGACGAUUACUUUGGUCCACUGCCGGUCAGCGCUGCGGAUCGAUCGUCAAUACUGGCUUCGCCUAUUCUGAUGACAGCGGCGCAAGCGAAGGAGUUCAUGCCUCCGACUACAAUUGUUACGGGUCAGGCUGACUAUUUGAGAGAUCAAGGGGAAGACUUUGCGAGACUUUUGCAGACUAGUGGUGUGGAGUGUGGUGUCUUGCAGGGUGUGGCACUUUUACAUGACAGCGUUGUUUUCAAUUUGGCGAGGAAGAGUCCUACUGUUGAGUUGAUCAUGAUCAUGGUUGCUGGGAAGAUCAAGGAGGUACUUGGAGAGGGAAAGGGGGUGAAGGGCCUGGUUGAGCAGAAUGGAAAUGGAGAGCCUCUCGAGCAUGGUGGGAAAAGGAAAAGAAGAUCAUGA